AACUAAACUGGUGUCUUUGAAAAACAGUCUUUUUCAGCUAACCAACAUGAUUAAAUUACAUCACACAUACACUAUUGUAUCACUAGAGAGAAAAAAAAAACCGACCAAAAAUCGAUGCAAUUCUCAUAUAAAAAAGUAAAUUAAAAUAACUAACUGAACAUUCUUAUUUCUCAUUUACCUUGUUUUGUUUUAUUCACAUAUUGUAUUAUACUAGUUUUGUGUAUACAAUAAUACAUUAUCAUUUGGCUGAUUUUUUUCUCCAUCUAAAAAGAAAUAGAAUUAUACAUACAUAUAUAAAUCUAUAUAUAUAUAUAAUCAAAUUACCUAUUCAAUUAUAUAAUUAUGCCAGUUGGACGUUCAAAUAAAAACAAAGCAAUACGUACUGCUAAAUCGGAUAGUUCACUUAAUCAACAAGGAUAUGAUCGAAAAACAAAUCAAAAAGUAAUUUAUCGAUGUAUUGUAUGUUCACUUGAUAGAACUUUAGUAAAUAGUAUAGAAGUAAAAGAAAGAAAUAACUUAAGUGAUUUAUUUAUUUCACAUAUGAAAAAACGUACAAGUCAUCAAGUUCGUUUUAUAUGUUUACAAGAUAGAAUUAUUUUUCGAAAGAAAAAUUUUGUUGCUAAAUCAUUAUUUCGUGAUCAUGUAUUAUAUAAAGAUAUAGAACAUUUUUUUAUGUGUAAAGAAUAUCCAGAUAUGUUUAUGUUAUCAGUGAAAUCUGAAUUUCCAUAUUCAAGUUACUGUGAAACAUAUAAAUGUAAAGAUCCUAAUGAUACUAAACGUUUAUGUGAAAUAAUUUAUAAUGCAUCUAAACAAUCUGAUAAUAUGAUACAUGAUAUGCCAUCAGUGAAUUCUCCAUUAAAGGCACAAUCUAUGUCAUAUAUUGAUACUCAAAUCAGUUCAGAAGUUACAAAUAGAAAUCUAUUGAAUCGUUCAUUAUCAAAUAGUUUAAAUGAUGGUUGGGUUACACCAAAAUUACAUAAUGAAUCACCAAUACAACUAUCAACUGAUUCACCAGUUCGAUCACCAUUACUUUCUUAUCGAUCACCUGUUCAAACGCCAAUGAGUCGUGAUUCUCACAUUAAACCAUUAGUUGUUACACCAAUUAAUACAGUGAAUACUUCAGCUUACGUAUCUGCUCCAACUGAAAUGACUACAAAUACAACUUAUUUCGAUUAUGAUCCUGUUCAUGGACCACAAAUUAAUGAAGUUGGACCAAUUUUUAUGUUUAUGGUUAGACAUCCAUCACAAUCUGACAUGACACAUUUAAUACAUGAAUCAUAAUCAGUAAUUAAAUACAACACACACAAAGAAAAACAUGAAGAGGAGAGUGUUUUUUUUU